AUGGAUUAUUGUAGUAUAUGCUUGGAUUCAAAGGGAUGCACAAUUCGUUUCAGUGAUUUGGAUGAAAACAACGUAAAUUGGUCAACGAAAUUAAAAUCCAUUGUAUCUGAUUUGGAAGACACUCCAGGAGAACAUUUUAUUUGCGAGGGUUGUACUAAAAAAGUGGAUGAUUUAUUGAGUUUUAAAAAGAAAUUGGAAAAUUUAGUGAAGAGAUUUAAGACUAUAUACAAAGAAGAGAAUGAAAGUGAAACUAAAUAUAACAUUGACGAAGACCAAUGCAGUCUAAGUCCAGCCUUGUGUGACUACAAAGAUAAUGAUGAUGUCGAAUUUGAUGAUGAAGUAUUAACUGCAAGAAUAGAGAGACUUGAUAAUGGGUCUCUUGAGUCUACUAAUUCUAUUAAAGGUGAAACAGAAGCUAAAAUAGUUAAAGUAAAUGAAUCUUGUAUUUGUUUAAUAUGUGAUGAGGAAUUUGAAAGUAAAAAAGCAUUGCGAUUCCACAGAAAAACAUGCACAAGAAAUCCGAAAGGUGUUUAUACAUGUUUCACUUGUAACAAAAGUUAUAGUACAAAAACUAAUCUUAAAUUACAUCAUAGAAAGUGUGGUAAAAUAACAAUAUUGGAAGAUGAAAAUACAGAUAAGCUGCUUAAAAAACAUGGAAAAAAAUCAUCAAGAAGUUAUACAUGUGACUCUUGCGAUAAAGUAUUUAAUUUAGUAAAGGAUUUAAUGGCUCAUUGCAAAAGUGUUCAUGACAUGGAAGAAAGGAUGGUGAAACCUUAUUCCUGUAAGCAAUGUACUCAAAGGUUCAGAACAUAUGCUGGUUAUGAUCAACAUCUGAAAUAUCAUAGCAGAAAAAGGGACAAUGUGUGUAGUUUGUGUGGGAAAAGGUUUAUAACAAAAAGUGAACUUAUAGUACAUGAAUAUACUCAUUUUAAUAGAAGAAAUUAUAAGUGUACAGCCUGUGGUAAAGCUUAUAAUACUAACAAAAACCUAAAAACACAUAUCUUAGUAGUACAUACAGACAGAGCAGCUUGGAAGUAUGCAUGUGGAAUAUGUGAGAAAAGGUUCCCACAAAAGGGCAACUAUGAUCAGCAUAUGAAACGUCAUGCUGGGGAUAAACAACACAUCUGUCACAUAUGUCAAAAACCUUUCAUCACUAGUAGUGAACUGAAAAGACAUGUAAGUUUACAUUCCAAUGUAAAAGCCUUUACUUGUGAAUAUUGUCAGAGAGAAUACAAGACUAUAAGAACUUUAAACACACACUUAAGAAGAUCUCAUUCAGUUGGUGAUAGAUUGCCAGAGAAGGAAAAGAGGUAUGUCUGCCACAUUUGUCCUAGUCAGUUUUAUGAUAAACAAAAGUUGUCUAGACAUUUGUACUGUCAUUCUGGAAUAAAACCUUUUCCAUGCACUGCUUGUGAUAAGAAGUUUACAGACAAAUCAUAUCUUAAACACCAUAUGAAAGUAGCUCAUAAUAUCACAGAAGUAUCUAGUGAAAUUAAAUAUGAGGCAUCAGAUGCUUUAAAAUAUGAAGUUCCAGAACAAGUUAGGUUUUAA